AUGUCGUCGAAAUUCGGAUUGGCGGGUGGCAUACCAGAGCGUCGAGUUAGACCCAUAUGGGACGCCAUCGAUUCUCGUCAGUUCAAGAAUGCACUCAAGAUCUCCACUUCCUUGCUCGCCAAAUUUCCUAACUCUCCUUACGCUCUUGCACUUAAGGCCCUUAUCUUGGAAAGGAUGGGCAAAGCUGACGAAGCACUGUCUGUUUGUUUGAAUGCCAAAGAGCUGUUGUAUUCCAAUGAUUCCAUUUUAAUUGAUGAUCUCACACUCAGCACGUUGCAGAUUGUUUUCCAGCGGCUUGAUCACCUGGAUAUGGCUACUGGUUGUUAUGAGCAUGCUUGUGGGAGAUUUCCAAACAACUUGGAACUAAUGAUGGGCCUUUUUAACUGUUAUGUUCGUGAAUACUCAUUCGUGAAGCAGCAACAGAUAGCUAUUAAAAUGUAUAAGAUUGUUGGUGAAGAAAGGUUUUUGCUCUGGGCGGUUUGUAGCAUUCAGUUGCAGGUUUUUUGCGGCAGUGGGGGAGAGAAGCUGUUACUUUUAGCUGAAGGUUUGCUGAAGAAACAUAUUGCUUCUCAGAACUUGCAUGAGCCAGAAGCUCUUAUUGUCUACAUUUCUCUAUUGGAACAGCAAUCCAAGUAUGGGGAUGCUUUGGAGGUUCUUUCUGGAAAGUUAGGUUCACUUAUAAUGAUUGAAGUUGAUAGACUACGCAUACAGGGGAGGAUUCUUGCUCGGGCAGGUGAUUUUACUGCUGCCGCAGAUAUAUUCCAGAAAGUCUUGGAAUUAUGUCCUGAUGAUUGGGAGUGUUUCCAACAGUACCUGGGUUGUUUGCUAGAGGAUAACAGUAGCUGGUGCAAGGCAUCUAACAGUGAUCCAGUUCAUCCACCAAAUGUUGUGGGCUGCAAGCCUUUGCACUUAACUGAUGAUGUAUUUGAUUCUCGUUUAUCAACUGCGUCGGCUAUUGUACAAAAGUUACUGGCUGAAGGUAGUAAUGAUUCUAUAAGAGGUCCAUACUUGGCAAAUCUUGAAAUUGAAAGGAGGAAGCUUCUAUUUGGAAAGGGGGAUGCUGACAAUUUAAUGGAGGCUCUUAUGCAAUAUUUUGUCAGGUUUGGUCACUUGGCUUGCUUCACUUCUGAUGUUGAGGUGUUUCUUGAAAUUUUAACUCGUGAUAAACAGAACGAUUUUUUGGAGAAGUUAGUGAUAAACUGGGAAUCUCUCACCACAGUGCCAACAAAAGUUCUUGGGCAGUUCAUUACACUUUUUAAAAUCCGGGAAGUGGUUGGCAACAUGUUCACUCUCCCUUUGGGUGACCUCGAGAACUUUGCUGUGCAAAUGGUAGAGAUGUAUUGUGAGAACCUUCCUCUUUCAAAGGACUUGGAUGUGCAGGAGAGUAUGCAUGGUGAAGAGCUUCUGUCCAUGGUCUGCAAUGUGUUGGUUCAGUUAUUCUGGCGUACAAGGCAUCUUGGGUAUUUGAUGGAGUCGAUUAUGAUUUUGGAGUUUGGCUUGACUAUCCGGAGAUAUGUGUGGCAGUACAAGAUUUCAUUGUUGCACUUGUAUUCUCACUGGGGUGCUCUUUCAUUAGCGUGUGAACGGUAUAAAUCUUUGGAUGUGAAGAAUAUCUUGCUGGAAACUGUAUCGCACCAAAUUUUGCCCCAGAUGUUGUUAUCUCCACUUUGGGCAGAUUUAAAUGAUCUAUUGACGGAUUAUCUGAAAUUCAUGGAUGAUCACUUCAGAGAAUCUGCAGAUCUUACAUUUCUUGCGUAUCGUCAUCGGAAUUAUUCGAAAGUAAUUGAGUUUGUUCAAUUCAAAGAACGACUGCAACGUUCCAGUCAGUACUUAAUGGCAAAGAUUGAAGCCCCCAUUCUGCAGCUGAAGCAGAAUGCGGAUAACAUUGAAGAAGAGCAGGUGUUUCGUUAUUGGAAGCAAGUUAUGGGUAUUUUUGAAAGCUUGAAAUAUGGAAUUCACUUUAUCGAGCUCUCAAGUGAGAUCGGAAGCAAAUCGUUGACCUUCAAUGAAGAUUUGCAGUUACGACCUUGGUGGGCGCCUACUUAUGAUAAAAAUUAUCUAUUAGGACCAUUUGAAGGAGUGUCAUAUCGUCCUAGAGAAAACUUGCAUAACCAUAUUAAACAAACAGAAGCACGUAUACCAAAAACUAUUGAGAAGAGGUCUCUUCUUCCACGAAUGAUCUAUUUGUCAGUACAGUGUGCUUUGUCAUCGAUCAAGGAAAAUAUUGGUGCAAAUGGUUCUGUGUUUGACUCUAAAAUCUCCUCAGAGCUGAAGAUUUUACUUGAACGAUAUGCAAACAUCUUGGGAUUUCCUUUUCUUGAUGCAAUUGAACUAGUUUUUGGGGUUUCAAGUGGCCAGAAGUCUCCAGAGGUUUUGAGUUCAGAUCUGAUUGACUGGAUGAAUUUUGUUGUACUUUUGAAUGCAUGGAACUUGAAUUCCCAUGAGCUUGGCUUCUCAGGUAGAGAUGCAGCUAAACCUGGUACUUGGCACCUUGUGAAUUCUUUGCUAGAGAAGUAUAUCCUGGAGAAGAUCAGAUCAAUGCAACCCCUAGUUUCUUCUCCCGGAAGUGAUCUUCCUGUUUUGGUGCAAUUAGUUACAGAACCCUUGGCUUGGCAUGGUCUUGUAAUCCAAUCGUGUGUCCGGUCAACUGUACCUUCUGGGAAAAAGAAGAAGAAAGGUGGAUCUGCAGACUGUCAACCGUCUAAUGAAAUUCAAGACUCAAUCCGGUCUCUAUGCGGUAUACUAGAGGAUGUUACAAAAUGGCUAAGUGAGCAAAUCAAUAAGCCAGUUGAGGAGAAUUUGGAAAUCAUACUUUCCUCACUCCAAGGUGAAAAACAGGGUGAAGGGCCCGGGAAGGUCUUCCAAGUUCUGGAAACUAAAAUCUCAUCGAUGAAUGGUUUAGACGUGGGUGAUCGGAUUGCCCAAGCAUUACAAUGUUGGAAUUCUGCUGAUGUUGCUAGGAAAGUCAUAACUGGGCAAGGUAUGGUACUGACUGAGUUUCUCAGAAUUUGCAAAUCAAAAAUAAAAUUGAUGCAGGCACUGAAACCACAUGUAUAG